AAAUUCCAAUAGUCACUCAUUCCCUGCACACAAGAAUAAUAAUAAUUCAUUCAUAUACAGGGGAGCAAGCCCGCCCGGAAACGAAGCACCGAGCGCGCACUCUGCCUCCUCCUCCUCUUCUCGGUCCCGCGCGCCGCCUCUGCUCUGCCUCCGCAACAGCAGCAAACGCCGGCGAGCCAGCCAAGAAAGAGCUACCGACAUGGCCGUCCCGCUCCAGGCGAAGAAGCAACAGGAGAACGGAAGCAAGGGCUGCCAAGGCAGCGACAUGGACGGCGGGGACGACCACCCGUCUGCGGCGGAGGAGCUUCGGGAGCUGUGGCGCAUGGCGGCGCCGAUCACGGCGCUCAACUGCGUGGUGUACCUGCGCGCCAUGGUCUCCGUGCUCUGCCUGGGCCGCCUCGGCCCGCUCGACCUCGCCGGCGGCGCGCUCGCCAUCGGGCUCACCAACAUCACGGGCCACAGCGUGCUCUUCGGCCUCGCGUCCGGCCUCGAGCCGCUCUGCGCGCAGGCCUACGGAUCCCGCAACUACGACAUGCUGACGCUCUCCCUCCACCGCGCCGUGCUGCUGCUCGCCAUAGCCGCCGUCCCCAUCGCGCUGCUCUGGCUCAACGUCGGCCCCAUCCUCGUCGCGCUCGGCCAGGACCCGGCCAUCUCCGCCUCCGCCGCCGCGUACGCCGCGUGGGCGCUCCCGGACCUCGCCGCGCUGGCCGUGCUCCAGCCGCUCCGCGUCUACCUCCGGUCACAGGGCAUCACCAAGCCCAUGGCCGCCUGCUCCGCCGCAGCCGUCGCGCUCCACGUCCCUCUCAACGUGCUCCUCGUCUUCAAAAUGGGCUUCGGCGUGCGUGGCGUGGCCGCCGCGCAGGCGCUCACCAACACAAACAUGGUGCUCUUCCUGCUCGCCUACGUGCGGUGGGCGGGCGCGUGCGACGACACGUGGAGGGGCUUCGCGCGACCGGCCGCCGUCGCCAGCGGGCUCGGUGGGCUCGUCCGGCUCGCCGUGCCCAGCUGCAUCGGCGUGUGCCUCGAGUGGUGGUGGUACGAGGUCGUCACCGUGCUCGCCGGCUACCUCCCGAACCCCACGGCCGCCGUCGGCGCGGCCGGAGUCCUCAUCCAGACCACCAGCCUGAUGUACACCGUGCCCAUGGCGCUCGCCGCAUGCGUCUCCACCCGGGUGGGCAACGAGCUGGGCGCCGGGAAGCCGCGGCGGGCAAGGAUGGCGGCGACGGUGGCGCUGUGGUGCGCAGCGGGCGUCGGCCUGGCGCAUGUCGCGUGGACGGCGACCUUCAGCGCGCAGUGGGUGUCGUUGUUCACCCGGGAGCCGUCGGUGUUGCUGCUGGCGUCGGCGGCGAUGCCGGUGCUGGGGCUGUGCGAGCUGGGCAACUGCCCGCAGACGACGGGGUGCGGCGUGCUGCGCGGCACGGCCAGGCCGGCCGUGGGCGCCCGGAUCAACCUGCUCUCCUUCUACCUGGUCGGCACGCCGGUGGCGGUGCUGCUGGCGUUCGGGCCCGGGCCGAGGGCCGGGUUCGGCGGGCUGUGGUACGGGCUGCUGUCCGCGCAGGCGGCCUGCGUGGCCCUGGUGCUGGUCGCCGUCGUGUGGCGCACCGAUUGGCGCGUCGAGGCCAUGCGCGCGCGGAGGCUGACCGGCACCGGCGCGGAGACGACGGCGACCGCCACGGAGGGCGACCAGGAAGAGAUGAGGCGCCUCGUGGCCGGCAAUGGCCGGGAGGCCGACGUCGACGUGUAGCGACCCGUUCCUUUCGGUCGUCGAACCCCGGCCCCUAGCCCGCCCUACGUACGGUGCAUUGCGGUGGCAUGCUAAAAUUAAGCCAAAGCUAGCUAGCCAUUCCAGUCCUAGAGCAGCCAUAUAAGUAGCAUGUUGCAGCACCUAGCUGGCUUAGCUUCAGUUAUUGCGGUGAGCCGCACACAGCUCACAGAUUUGCUGCUGCAUGCAUGCUUGCUGCCAACUUUGCCAAGCCUAAGCGGUGGUGGUGUGUUGCAUUCAAGUGGCCUAAGCUAGCUAGCAAGCUAAUCGAAGCCAAGUGAUCUUGAUCGAUCGGGCUAAGCAAGUUGUUUCCCUUU